AUGCGUGGACAAGGCUAUGAUGGGGCUAGUAACAUGCAAGGAGAGAUGAAUGAUCUUAAAGCUUUGAUUUUGCAAGAAACUCCUUCGGCAUAUUGUAUUCAUUGUUUUGCUCACCAAUUACAAUUGACACUUGUAGCCGUUGCCAAAAAACAUUUGCUCGUAGAUAAUAUUUUUGCUAUUAUUAAUAAUGUGUUGAAUGUGGUAGGAGCAUCAUUUAAGCGCCGAGAUCAACUUCGGGACCAUCAUGCGGAAAUGUUGGAGCAACUACUAGAAAGUGAAAGUCAAAGCGUAGGCCUUCUAGUGUUACUUACUCACAUCACUUACGUGUUGAGCUUUUUUUAUGCUAUAAUUGACUUGCAACUUCAAGAGAUUAAUAAUCGUUUUGAUGUUGUGAGUGGUAACUUGCUCCUUGGUAUGGCAAGCUUGAAUCCAAUGAAUGCUUUUGCUAAUUUUGAUAAGGAAAAAAUAAUGAUAUUGGCCAAACAUUAUCCGGAUGAGUUUGGUGAAUCAAAACUUCGAGAGCUUGGUUACCAACUUGAUACUUUUAUUAUACACAUGCGGCGUGGUAAUCCUAUAUUCUCUAAUUUGAAAGGAAUUGGUGAUUUGGCAGAAGCAUUAGUUAAUGCAAAUUUUGUGGAGACUUAUUCUCUUGUGUACAUACUUGUGAAGUUAAUGUUGAUUUUACCAGUCGCCACUGCAACGGUAGAGAGAGCUUUUUCAUCCAUGAAGCAUAUCAAGAAUGAAUUGCUUAGUAAUAUUGGUGAUGCAUUUUUAAGUGAUUGUUUAGUUUGUUAUAUUAAGAAGGAUAUAUUUAUAAAUAUAAACAAUGAUGUAAUCAUUGACUAUUUUCAGAAUAUGAAAACACGUCGAUGUCUAGUAUGA